AUGAGGUGCUGGAAUGCGACUUGCGCUGCCUUGCUCCAGUCAUACCGCGUGAGUGAUGAUGAUGAUGCUAUUGACGACGACAAAAACAACGAUGAUGAGGAUGACGAUUACGACGAUGACGAUGACGAUGACUACCACUACGAUGAUGACGACGAUGACGAUGACGAUGACGACGACGAUGACGAUGAUGAUGAUGAUUAUGAUGAUGAAGCUUGUUGA